GGCAUCAGCACCUACGUGGGGAAGCACCGCAGCGCCCUGGUGAGGGCUGGGGGUGGCCUGGCUGCCUUCCGCGCCCGCCUCCAGCAGCUCACGCAGGUGAUGUCCUUCACGGCCAGCUCCAUCACUGCCGCCCUCUCUGAUCGUGUCCCUGACAGCCAGCUUGGCCCUGAUGCCCUGGCCCGGAGACACUUAAAAUCCAGCCUGGGGGACGAGAUCACUUUCAGCCUGCUUAACCCCUCCCACACCGUGGACUGGGCCAUCGAGGAUGCCGUGAACUGCUACGUGCGGCCUGUCCUGGACAAACUGAGCUUGGUGGCCAACUUCUCGGUUGACUCGCAGAUCCUGUACUACGCUGUCCUCGGAGUGACGCCACGCUUUGACAAGGAGUCCUCCAGCUUCCUCCUGAGCGCCCACAGCCUCCCCCACGUCAUCAACCCUGUGGAGGCCAGGCUGGGCUCCAGCGCUGCCUCGCUCUACCCCGUGCUGAACUUCCUGCUGUACGUGCCGGAGCGCUCUCACUCCCCUCUGUACAUCCAGGACAAGGAUGGAGCUCCAGUGAGCACCAACGCCUUCCACAGCCCCCGCUGGGGUGGCAUCAUGAUUUACAACGUUGAAGCCCCUGCUUCCCCCCAGGCCUCCCUCCCGCUGCACGUGGACGUGGACAUGGUGCGAGUGAUGGAGGUUUUCCUGGCCCAGCUCCGAUGAUGUUGCCUCUUUGGAUUAUCUCGUGAGGAGCUGCCCCCUGAGUUCCUGGUGGAGAGCCCAGGGAACGAGGGGCUGGCUGACUGGGAGCUGGACCACCUGCUCUGGGCCCACACUGUGGAGAACAUCGCCACCGUGUCCACCACCUUGACCUCGCUGGCUCAGCUCCUGGACAAGAUUGGGAACAUUGUCAUCAAAGAUGAUGUUGCCUCUGAGGUGUACCGAGCAGUGGCCGCGGUGCAGAGCGCUGUGGCUGAGCUGGCCACGGGCCACCUGCACUCGGCUUUCCAGGCCAGCAAGGAGGCAGUCACUUCCUCAGAGCGGGCUUUCUUUGACCCCUCUCUCCUCCAUCUCCUCUACUUCCCUGAUGACCAGAAAUUUGCCAUCUACAUCCCUCUCUUCCUGCCCAUGGCUGUCCCCAUUCUCCUCUCCUUGGCCAAGAUUGUCCGGGAGGCCAGGCAGCGUAAGAAGGACCCCACCAAGAUGGACUGA